AUGCGCCAGAUCAGCCAGGGCGUCGAGGAGAUCAGCGUCGAGAACGGGGCCGCGGCCCACGCCGCAGAGGGCAUGGACGUCAACGUGGAAGAGAUCGAGGAGCCCGCAGAGGCGCAGCAGGAUGCCCCCACCGAGCGCUCCGAGCACCCUCAGGAGCCCCCGCGCACUGAUGCCCCUGCAGACCCGCCAUCAAGCCCCAGCUCCUCUAAUAUGGAUGUACAGACAGACAAGCAGCCCCAGGACACGCAGCCUUCGGCUCCAGCGCCAGGCAGCCCACAGACAUCCGUUAUGGACAUCCAAACAGAUGCCUCUCCCUCUUCGCAUCCCUCUCCCUCUAUACCAACGCCUGCCCUCCUCGCCUCGCGGCGUAGCUCGCAAUCAGAGGGCGAGGGCGAAAAGGCCAUGAAGCGCAAGCUCGCCGACCGUGCCUCGAGUCAGGGCCCUAUGGAGACAGACGCUGCCCCCAUACCAAUGCCACCCAAAAGCAAGGUCGACGCCGCACCCAAACGGCCCCGCGACGACGCGGACACAGACGAUAACCCGCGCGUUACCAAGCGGCCGUCUCCUCCGCCUCCCGAAGAGAAGGAGGCCGACGCGGCUCGCAAGCCAAAACCGUCGGGCAUCAGCAAAGCCUGCCCCACCACUCCGCCCACCACCACCUCCGAGUCAAGCUCUGCUUGCACGGCCGAGGCUCCCCCAUCGCCCAAGGCAGCGCCCCCGGCCAAGCCCGCAGCCGCCUUCGUAAGUGUGCCCUCGCUUCGCGUCUAUUUGUGGUCUUCGUCGGUUCGCUCACGCACGCACUCGCUGCUGAUAGGGUGGCGGAUUCCUCUCGUACGCCUCGACGGCGUCGCCCUUCGCGGCCGUCCAAGGCCCGAGCCUCUUCGGCUCCAAGAAGCCGUCCACCGCCGCCGCGCCCUGGACCAGCGGGCGCGCCAGCCCCGGCCCCAACGCCGGGCCCGGACCGUCCUCCUCCUCGCCGUUCGGCAG